UUGCAGAGGUGGACGGUUGAUUUAACCCGAACCUCCUUUUUUUGGUUCUCAGCGGCUCAGGAGAUGCCGGGCGGAGGCCGCUGCCCCGAAUGUGGCUCCGCUGAGCUCGUGGAAGACUCCCACUAUUCGCAGAACCAGCUGGUGUGCUCCGAUUGCGGCUGCGUGGUCACCGAGGGGGUCCUCACCACGACUUUCACCGACGAGGGCAACCUCCGAGAAAUAACAUAUUCCCGAAGCACAGGGGAACAUGAGCAAGUUAGUCGCAGCCAACAAAAAGGUCUCCGCCGAGUAAGAGACCUCUGUCGAGUUCUGCACUUGCCAUCCACAUUUGAAGACACAGCAGUCGCCUACUACCAACAGGCAUACCAGCACCCUGGCAUCCGCACUGCCAGGCUGCAAAAGAAGGAGGUGUUGGUGGGAUGCUGUGUGUUAGUCACCUGCCGGCAGCAUAACUGGCCCCUCACAAUGGGAACCAUUUGCACUCUCUUGUAUGCAGAUUUGGAUGUGUUUUCUGGCACAUACAUGCAGAUAGUGAAGCUUUUGGGACUGGAUGUGCCAUCUCUGUGCUUGGCAGAACUGGUGAAGACCUACUGUAGCAGCUUCAAACUGUUCCAGGCCUCUCCGUCAGUGCCAGCCAAAUAUGUGGAAGACAAAGAGAAGGUGCUAUCGAGAACACAGCAGUUGGUGGAGCUGGCAGAUAAGGCAUGGCUGGUGACUGGGCGGCGUCCCUUGCCCAUCAUCACUGCUGCCACUUUCCUGGCUUGGCAGUCAUUACGGCCAUCGGAUCGUCUGUCAUGCUCCCUUGCUCGAUUUUGCAAAUUGGCCAACGUGGACCUGCCCUACCCUGCUUCUUUCCGUCUGCAGGAGCUGGUGGCUGUGCUACUACAGAUGGCAGGGCAGCUGGCCUGGUUGCAGGUUCUGAAACUCAACAAACGGACUGUGGUCAAGCACAUUGGUGACCUCCUCCAACACCGCCACACUCUCAUCCACAAGGCUUUUCGGGAUGGAAUGUCUGAGUUGGAGGCCCUGGACAAAACUGCAGAAGGGCAGAAACCCGAGGGGGCGGAGACUAGUCCCUCUGUUUUACAAGGGGGACAUCAGCCAGCUGGUCCCACCGUGCUUCUCCCACCCUGCAUGUUGAAGCCUUCCAAGAGGACCUGCCCUGCACCCCCCACCUCCACAGUUACUGGAGAGGAGAACAUUUCUGAUAGUGAAAUUGAGCAGUAUUUGCGCACUCCUCAGGAAGUGAGGGACUUUCAGAAAGCCCAAGCUGCUAAACUGGGUGUCACCAGUGUUCCCAACGCUCCCUGAGGCACCUUCCCCUCCCCAAGUCUGCACAUGGUUCAGGCAAUGGCCUGUCAUGUCCUGGAUUAAAGUGUAAAUAUGCCCCUU